CCCCCCCCCCCCCCGCCCUGUCAUCACUCUUUACGAAGAGACCAAAAGCUGAGAAUAGGUGUCUCUUGUGGGUAAAGUUCGACGUAUAAUACCUAAAUUUGGGUUAGGUUUUUAGUGAAAAUAGUGGCAAAAUUCCGAAAUAAAAAUCCUAUAUAGAAGUUCCUAUAUUUUCGAAAAUUUGCAAUCGGACCCCAGGUUUAGUUAUUAAUUAAUAAAAAUAAUUUUGAAAAACCUAAAUCAUGUCAACAUCAUAUUUUUGAUAUAGUAAAUUUAUUUAAAUAAGUUAAAAUUGAAAUUUUAUUUUAUUCUUUAACUUUAGAUUUCUCAUUCACAAGAAUGUCAAGCAUGUGAUCAAUUAAUUAAACAAAUAUGUUUAUCACAUGGAACUGAACGUGAAGUUUUAUGUACUAAUGAAACUGGUUAUACAAAAACAUUUACAUGUGGUGAACCAUGUGGAAAAUUACUUUCAUGUGGUCAUCAUAUAUGUACAAAAACAUGUCAUGAUGGACCAUGUUCAGAUUGUUUAUUAUUACCAGAAAAUUCUCAAUGUCAUAAUGGACCAUGUCCAUCAUGUAGUAAACAAUUAAUUGUUCAAUGUCGUUGUGGAAAAUCAAGUAAAUCAAUAUCAUGUAUAGAAACAUCGGAAUAUAAUCCAAUAACAAAUCCUUUUCGAUGUAAGGGUGGGUGUGGGUGUGGGUGUCGGUUUUGAGUGUGGGUGUGGGUGUGGGUGUGGGUGUGGGGGGGGGUGUCGGUGUGGAGGGGCGGGGGCGGAGGGGGAGGUGCGGACCGGGGGCGCGCCGCUGGGGCGC